AUGCCUCCGAAGCCCCAGCCUCGGCGGGUGAUCAUCGAUACAGACCCCGGGGUGGACGACGCCCUGGCGAUCUUGUUCGCCCUCGGCAGCUCACCAGCGCUGCAGGUGGAGGGCCUCACCAUCGCCGCGGGCAACAUCAAGAACAUCCGCGAGCUCGGCGCUAAUGCCAAGCUGCUGCUGAGGCUCGCCGGCGCCGAGGGCAUCCCAGUGAGCCUUGGCCGCCCCGCGGAGGAGGAGGCAGGUGUGGGCCCCUGCGAAGACGGGCGCGGAAGCGACGGAGGCCCUGCGCUUGCAGGAGCCCCGCUGCCACGGUCUGGACGGCCUCGGCGGCGUCAGCGCUCGCUACGGGAGGUGCGAGGCUGA